GUUUCGGACGAACAAGCCGUCCCCGACUUCGCUCUGCUAUAUAUCUUGUCGAAUUUAUUCUUUAAUGCCCUUACUUACUUUUCCAAUCACUCAUUUUCGUGCUUCGUCACAUACAACGGACUCUUCUUUGGGCACACUCCGUCGGACAAGUAUUGCAACCAUGGCGGAACACAACAUUGUUGUUUUUGCGGGCGACCACUGUGGCCCAGAGGUUAUUGCUGAGGCAAUUAAGGUUAUCAAGACGGUUGAGGAGCUGAGCCCGACUGCUGGCAAAUUCAAUUUGGAGCACCACCUGCUCGGAGGGUGCUCCAUCGACCAGACCGGCGUCCCCCUCACAGACGAGGCCCUCGCCGCCGCCAAAGCCGCCGACGCUGUGCUCCUCGGCGCCGUUGGCGGCCCAGAAUGGGGCGCCGGCGCCGUCCGCCCGGAGCAGGGCCUCCUAAAGCUGCGCAGUGAGAUGUGCGCCUAUGGAAACCUCCGUCCCUGUUUCUUCCCGUCCGACGCCCUUAUUGAGUCCUCCCCCCUAAAGGCGUCUGUCUGCCGCGGCAUCGAUAUGAUGUUAGUCCGGGAGUUAACCUCAGGCCUGUAUUUCGGAGAGCGAAAAGAGUACGAUGGACUUAAUGCGUUCGACACUACUGUUUAUACGAAACCAGAAAUCGAGCGAAUCGCGCGGCUGGGCGGUUACCUAGCCAGGACCAGGGGAGACUCGCGAGUUAUCUCGCUAGAUAAGGCAAACGUGCUGGCGACAAGCAGACUCUGGCGUUGUGUGGUUGAGGAGGUUUAUAAAAACGAGUUCCCUGAUCUGAAGGUUGAGCAUCAGCUUAUUGACAGCGCGGCCAUGAUCAUGGUCAAGAACCCGACGCAGCUGAAUGGCGUUAUAAUAGCGCCCAACUUGGCAGGGGAUAUUCUCAGCGACGAGGCGAGCGCUAUAGCUGGAAGCAUAGGGCUCCUCCCGAGCGCCAGUCUCUGCGGGAUUCCGGGCUCUGCAGUGCGUUCUAUCUGUGAACCGAUUCAUGGUAGCGCGCCGGACAUAUCAGGGAAAGGGAUUGUCAAUCCCAUUGGCACCAUCCUUUCCGUGGCCAUGAUGUUCCGGUACUCUCUGAAUCUCGCCCACGAGGCUAAAAUCGUCGAGGACGCGGUCCGCGCUGCCAUCGACGCCGGGCUAAGAACCAGGGACAUGGGCGGCAGCACGGGCACCGCAGAAGCAGGAGAUGCCAUCGUUGCUGAGCUGGUCAAGAUUCUCAAGGCAUGAGAUAUCCCACGCCUUAAGGAGAAUAGACAGAGAGGUUUAAAGGAGAAAAGAGGGGUGCGUCUGGAGCGCUGGAACCCGUACAGCAUACGCAGCAGCCCACGACUUGCAGGAGCACCGCCGGGAGUAUGGUUGGCGCCUGCAUGGACCGGACGAGCGGUUGGAUGGCCCGAAUGCAUGAGGUGGGACUUGCAGCAUGAACAACCCAACAAAUGUAGAUUGAUUACAACCCAACAAAUGUAGAUUAAUUGGUCGUCGUCGCAAAGGGAUGGUGGGGCACAGUCCUGGGCUCGUGCGAGCUCGGCGCAUCCUAUCCAUUGGACUCGACCCGUUUCUGCAAGAGACAUCUGGGAGCAACGUCUCCAGAACGGCACUAGAGACCUGCCGUUUUAGCAGCAUCCGUUAUGGUAACUUAAUCCUAACCCUGAAAUUACAUAGCAUUAACGUACAUGAUAAGCGAAUGACACAGACAAGCGAAUGACAUACAAAAUCG